GCCCCUGGGUGCAACGUGGGCGACAACAUUGAUAUAAAUCGGACUUGAAUGUCAAAAUCCAUUGAGUACUCCCUACAUGCUGAUCAUGACAGCUGCUGGCGCUGAGGCAGUUUGCUGUGAGAUCCCUGCGGAGAGUGACAGGAGUCGUUAUGCCCGAGUGAACCGCAGAGACAAAGGGCAGCCAAUGUGCCUCACUCGGUUCGCUGCGCUUGUCUCUUUACUUCUGUCUUGUUUGGUACUCUUGCUAAACGCAUAUCAUCAUAAAGCAGCAGACUACCAGCACACUUCAGCUGGAGGUGAUUCUAUGGGUGGCGUUCAACAGCAGCAGCAAAUUGAAAACAAUCUAAGUGCCCAUCUGACAGCUCCAUACUCAUUUAAUCAUUCAAAAGUGAUAUACCUUGAAUGGGAGUACAACCUUGGACUUGCUCACCUUAGCGGCUUUAAGUAUCACGACUGCGACCUCAUCGUGCUCAAUGAUGGCAUGUACAUGGUUUACCUGCAGAUCACGUUCCGAAGCCCUGGUCACUUUGUGUGUAACGAGGAGGAAUCAGGUUUCAUCCUCACCCAAAAAGUAAUCCUGUUUGCAAAGGGCUACCAAAAGAACAGAGACCUGAUAACAGCAUCUGACACAGUGGACUGCAUUCCCAAAUCAAAUGACUGUCAGUCAACUGGUUCAGAGGGCUGCAAGGAGGAGUCAGGGACUCCGUACUGGGAAAAGUCUCUCUGCACAUCCGGGGUGUUUAAACUAAAAGCUGGGGACAGGCUCAGAGUGAGGAAGGGGGACAGGUACCAUGAGCUGAUGCUCCUUCAAGAAGACAGGACAUUUUUUGGGGCACAUCUCAUUUGAUGUUGUUCCCCAGAAACAACAGGUGCAGGGAUAAUAAUGGACUUAUAUACUGCUAUAUAUAUAUAUGUGAUGUAAGGAGAGGCUACUCCUUUACUCUGAAAUUUCAUACAUUUUACUCUGCAACUCCAGUAGAUUAUUUUAAUCAGUCUGUUUCAUAUUGUUUCACCUGGUCAAUUCAAAUGAGCAGGUGUAACAGAUGGGGAUUUGUAACCUCUCUCCUCAGCCUGAAAUGUCUCCCCCCGCACCCCAGAGAAGUUGUCAAGAGGGUAGUCACGUUUAUUUGCAAGACAGAGGUCUCAAGUUCCAGUCAGUCUCAGUGUGAGCUGCUCUAGGAGAGAAAGUAUAAGCAAGAACAGUGAUGUCUGUAACACAGGCAAUUAGGGAACUUUCUAUCAAAUUAGAUUGAUGAUCUUACUCAAUGCCUAGAAAGCCUUGUAAUCAAUUUGUGUUAAUGAACUUAGCCAUGAGUAGAGUCUGACUGUGUCAGCUACAAAUGUCCCUAAAGCUCAUCCUGAACUUCUACUGUAUAAAAAAAUUAAGUGAUGUUUGAUGUGUCUCCAGCAGAAUAACAACAGGAUGAACAUGCAAUGUCAGCCUAACCUUACUUAAGAAUGUAAGGAAUGCACACUAUUGCACCAUUGUGAUGGUCAACACCCAUUGUAAAUUAUGAUUAACGGAUGCAUGGCUCACUGUGUCACGCCCUGACCUGAGUAUUCUUUGUUUUCUUUAUUGUUUUGGUUAGGUCAGGGUGUGAUAUGUGUUUUUUGCACUGUCUAGGGGUUUUGUAGGCUUUUGGGGUUGUUUACUAUCUAGGUGUUUAUAUAUGUCUAUGGUUGCCUAGAUUGGUUCUCAAUUAGAGGCAGGUGUGUAUCGUUGUCUCUGAUUGGGAACCAUAUUUAGGCAGCCAUCUUCUUUGGGUAUUUUGUGGGUUAUUAUCUAUGUCUAGUUGCAUGUGUCUGCACUAGUUUUAUAUAGCGUCACGUUUGUUGUUUUUGUAUAGUUAAGUGUUCUUCGUCUUCAUUAAAAAGUAUGUAUUCAUCUUA